CUGCCCCCAAUGAGAGGAGAAACAGAUCUAGGCCUCUGCAUAGCUGAGAGCUGAGGGCCUGGACCCAACGCACGAAUUGAGCCACUCUGCUCCCACGAGAGAUACUGCGUCUCCAUGCAAAACCAACAUGGGGAACAGAACCGAGGAGGAUUAUAACUUUGUCUUCAAGGUGGUGCUGAUUGGCGAGUCGGGUGUGGGGAAGACCAACCUGCUCUCCCGGUUCACGCGCAAUGAAUUCAGCCACGACAGUCGCACCACCAUCGGCGUGGAGUUCUCCACACGCACAGUCAUGCUGGGCACUGCUGCGGUGAAGGCGCAGAUCUGGGACACAGCUGGCCUGGAGCGCUAUCGUGCCAUCACCUCAGCGUACUACCGAGGUGCCGUGGGAGCCCUCCUUGUGUUUGACCUCACCAAGCACCAGACCUACGCGGUGGUGGAGCGCUGGCUGAAGGAGCUCUAUGAUCACGCAGAGGCCACCAUUGUUGUCAUGCUCGUUGGGAACAAGAGUGACCUCAGCCAGGCCCGGGAGGUACCCACAGACGAAGCCCGCAUGUUCGCUGAGAACAACGGGCUGCUCUUCCUGGAAACCUCAGCUCUGGACUCCACCAACGUAGAGCUUGCCUUUGAGACUGUCCUCAAAGAGAUCUUCAUGAAGGUGUCCAGGCAGAGGCAGAAUAGCGUCCGGACCAAUGCCAUCAGCCUGGGUAGUGGGCAGGCUGGACAGGAAGCGGGACCAGGCGAGAGGAAGGCCUGCUGUAUCAGCCUCUGACUUUAGCUGUGUGUCCACACUGCUGCCCUCUUGGGCUUUCUGGGUGCCCAUCCCAUCACCCCUACCCAGGCUCUCUUCCUGCCUCUAGGCUCCCCAGGCAGAGAGGCUGGCCCCACCCUUCCCACACUGGGGCCUGCCAAUAAAGCUGUGUUUUGUAUCAA